CAACUCCCUAACCCCCUAACCCCCAACAGCACCACACAUCACCAUGAAGGCUGUGGGCGUCCGAAACGGCAAAGGCAACGCGGAUGCCCUCUUCAUCGAGGAUGGCAUCCCCGAUCCUGUCCCCGUCGGUAACCGUGUCCUCGUCCGCAUCCGCGCCUUUGGCCUCAACCGCAUGGACAUCAUGCAGCGCGAGGACCGCUACCCCUACCCGCUGCUACCGGAGUCGGGCAAGAUUAUGGGAGUCGAGUUCAGUGGGAUUGUUGAGGAGAAGGGCCCGGAAUGCUCGGAUGACUUUAAGGUCGGCGACAAGGUCUUCGGGCUGGCCUACGGAGGCGCCUACGCGCAGAAAAUCGCCGUCUCCGAGAAGAUGCUCAUGCAUCUGCCCGCUAACCUCGCCUUUGAGGAAGCAGCUGGCGUCCCUGAAACCUUUUUCACGGCCAUCCAGGCCGUCCACCUGGUCGGCAACCUCCAGCCAGGCCAGUCGGUGCUCAUCCACGCGGGCGCCUCCGGGGUCGGGCAGUCGGCCAUCCAGGUGGCCAAGGUGGGCGGCGCCUCGCAGAUCUUCACCACGGCGGGCAGCGACGAGAAGUGCCAGCUGUGUCGCUCCCUCGGGGCCGACUUUGCCGUCAACUAUCGCUCGGGGGAGGACUUCGCGGCGGUCGUGCAGCGCGAGACGCACGGCCGCGGCGUGGACCUGAUCGUGGACCUGGUGGGCCGCGACUACUUCCAUCGCAACAUGGCCUCGGCGGCGAUGGACUCGCGCAUGGUGCUGGUGGCCGCCCUGAGUGGCAGCAAGGUCGACGACUUCGACCUGCGUGCCCUCCUCAACAAGCGCAUCUGGCUGCUGGCCACCACCCUGCGCACCCGCGACGCCGACUACCAGGGCCAGCUGCGCGACCUGUUCUGCGAGAAGAUCCUGCCGCACAUCACGGCCCAGGAGGUCCGCACGACGGUCGACAAGGUGUAUCCCUGGACGGAGGUGGCGGAUGCCCACAAGCGGCUGGAGUCGAAUGUCAACGCGGGGAAGAUCAUUUGCAUCGUGGAGGAGCGGUAGGGUAGGGGGAUGGGUCAGGAUGUACGCGUGAACGGCAGAUAUGAUUCCCUCAAAAUGCAGUAGUGAAUGAAUUAUGUG